CGUGAGGUGGAGACAACAAGAAGUGCAGACAUGUUAAUGCAGCGAGUGCUACGCCGCGGACGCUUCCGUGCGUAUCGCGCUGCAGCUUUAUGCGUCAAUGCAAGAUCUACACAAGCAACUACUGGGCAGUAUUGUCAGCAUCAAAGGCGAUUCCUGAGUGAUGGCAUGGACGCCUUCAUGGAGUUCGAACGAGAGAUGGCACUCAAACGAAGGAAGGAAAAUCCUGAGCAAUUCGCACCAUCAGGUCCAUUGACUCCUCCAGUCAAGCCGAAGGACGACGAGUGCUGCCACUUGGAUUGCCCCAAUUGCGUGCUCUUAGUCUACCAGGAGAAGCUGCUGGAGUACGAGCUCAGUCUACAAAGUCAGAACCAAAGAAAAAAGCCUGAACCUCCGGCGUCCAAGUACGACUUGUCGUUCUAUUCAAGCAAAGACGACGAAGAACUCUCAGAUACACGGCGGAAGCUGCUAAUAGAGGCCGAUCGCGCAGUGUUCGAGGUCGCAGCGAACGAUGUAAUCAGUGCUCCACAUCAAACAGCGGAUGGAGCGUGGCGAUCGGUACGCCACAUUGACCUCCACAUUCGCGAUGAUCAACAGGAACUCGUCAGUGAGCAAGCAUCGAAUAUCGGUGUAUACGUACCAAACGACCCAUCUGUGGUGGAGCGUAUGCUUGUACACUUGCACGUAGAGGACCCUAAUGUCGUGUUCACCGCCGAGCUUCUUCCGGAUUCCCCAGACGAUGGCCAGCAUCAGCAUCAAGGGUUUGAACACCGUCCAUUUGCUCGCGCUGGAACUGUGCACGAUGCACUUACAUGGACGUUCGAUCUGGACUCAACUCCCCGCCAAAGCUUCCUUCGCAGCCUCGCUGCUUACGCUUCGGAUGAGAAUGACGUUGCUGCGUUAAUGUCGCCUCAGACGGCAGAAGCCAUUCAAGCUGAAAGGCCGCACCAGCACGUGACUGUAGCAGAUAUUUUCGACCGCUUUCCGUCAAUACGCUUGAGCUUUGCCGAGUUUUUCCAGAACGCGCCACCCACUGCUCCGCGGUACUACACAGUAUCCUCGUCACGGCAAUUUGUUCCCGAUAUCGUCUCCAUCACGUUAGGACUUCGUAAAACGGAUGCGCAGCCGCUGCCGCGGUGUUCCAGCUACCUUGCAAUGCUGAAGCAGGGUGAUGCCAUUCGCGCUUCCUUCUACCAGUCGUCGUUUGUGUUCCCGUUCCACGACCGUCGUCCUAUCAUGCUCAUCAGCGCAGGAACAGGAAUUGCGCCGUUCCGAGCGUUCCUUCAGGAUCUUGAGCAUGAAAAUGAUACGUCACCACAUCACCAUCGACCAGCUUAUCUGUUUUACGGCUGCCGUGAAGCGAGCGUGGAUUUUCUGUACGGUGAGGAGCUGCAGCGUGCACGGGACUCUGGUGUGCUGGACAAGCUGCACGUAGAAUUUUCAGGUGAAAAUGACCAACCAAAACGGGUACGUGGGUGAUGUGGUUGCAGUGGUUGGAGAGCUGCAUGUACUACGAAUAUUUACCCGCUUUUGUCAUUGUGUCAAUUUCGAUAGUAUGUACAAGAUGCGCUGCGUGACCAGAGCGAGCUCGUGGCUCGACAUCUCCUCGCAGAUGAAGGCUACAUCUACGUGUGCGGCAGUCUGGACAUGGGCCGCGCCGUGAAGAAGGCAAUCGCUGCGGCUUUACUCAAGCACCCGGAGUACUCGAACGGUGUGAUCACCACACAAGAAGACGCCGAGCGUGUCGUUACGCAGAAGCUGGCAGGGCAGCUCAUUAUCACGGAGCUCUGGUAGAGUGGUGGUCGAUUGCUGGUGGGCCGCCAGUGGUGGCUGCUCGAAUUGAACCUCGAUGGUUCGUCAUUCCGCCGUGUGGUCAUUACGCGAACUUGGCAGCAAGGAUCCAAGCGGAGUGGCCUUUUCUUUGCAAGUGAAGUUGACCCUGUUCACACAGCGUCCGUCUCACGAGAAAGGUAGGAGCGGCUGCAACAAGCCACGAUAGAAAGCGUAGUUUAUGCUCUGUAUUCACUCCGCCAUACAAUUGCGUAAUACUAGUAACGCACACUCGAUCCUUGCCAUCUUUGCUUCCUCGUGCUGAGGAGUCCUGACUCAGGGGGAAUGAUAGAAAUGACCAGAGGCGAUAUAUGCACG